AUGUGGGGAACUGGGGUCACGGCCGAGGGCCUGUCGGUGGCGCCGGCCCCGCCACCACUGCUGCCGCUGUUGCUGCUGCUGGCGCUGGCGCUGGUGGCGCCCUCACGGGGCGGCGGGGGCUGCGCGGAGCUGGCGUGCGGAGAGAGGGAGCGCUGCUGCGACGCGGCCAACGCCACGGCGGUGCGCUGCUGCAAGCUGCCGCUCCAUGCCUUCCUCGACAACGUGGGCUGGUUCGUGCGCAAGCUCUCCGGGCUGCUCAUCCUGCUCGUACUCUUCGCCAUCGGCUACUUCCUGCAGCGCAUCAUCUGCCCCAGCCCCCGCAGGUACCCGCGCGGGCCAGCGCGACCCGGGCCGCCUGGGGACGCCGGGACGCCGGGAGCCGCGGGGCCGCCCGACGACGACGAUGACUCGCCCGCGCUACUGCGGGACGAGGCGGCCGCUGGCUCUCAGGACUCACUGCUGGACAGUGGCAGUGGUGGUCGGGGCCGGGGAGGUGGCGGGUUCUCGGUCCCCUCCUGCGCCUCGGAGCACGAGCUGGGGUUAGUCUCGCCGGCCUUCCUGCAACUACCCAGCUACGAGGAGGUCAAGUACCUGCCAACCUACGAGGAGUCCAUGCGGCUGCAGCAGCUCAGCCCCGGGGAAGUCGUGCUGCCCGUGUCGGUGCUGGGCCGCCCUCGAGGGGGCAGCUCCGGGGAGCCCGACGGCGGCGAGGGCCGCUUCCCGCUCAUCUGA